CUUCGCUAUAACAUCACCACACCGUCACCGCUGAUAACAAUGGCCGACGAAACGCGCCCCGCAAAGCGCGCCCGCCUCGACUCACCGUCGUCCUCCGCUGCAAUCCCCGCCGACUCAACCACGACACCUGCGAAACCUGCGCCUCUCGGCUCCAGCAAACCUUCCUCGCCGGACGAUGAUUUGGAAAGAGAAGUCCGCGCCGGCAUCACCGAAUACGUGUGCGCAGACAACGCUGGGUUUCACGGCGUGCUGAAACAGCGCUACACGGAUUUCCUGGUGAACGAGAUUGGUCUCGAUGGGGAGGUAGUGAGGUUGAAAGUGGUCGGAGCGCCAAAGAACAAGGGCAAAAAGCAAAACGAACCCGCGAAAGAGAAGCCGAAGAAGGACGAGGCCAAAGUUGCUGAGCAGAGUGGCAAGGUCACGCUCUUGGUUGAAGAUGGGAACGAAAGCGCGCCUGUCAAGCAGGAGAAGAAGAAGAUUGAGAUCAGGAUAGAGGAUGAUGAUGAUGCUCCCGCGAAGCCUGUUGAGAAGGUGGAGGCGGUGGAAGACAAGCAAGAGAAUGGUGGCGAAGUUGACGGCGAUGCACCACUCUCAGAAGGAGAUAUGUCGACGCUGCAUUCCAUCUUCGGUGAACAGGUUACCAAGGAGAUUCUCGCGCUUGUCCGGACGAUACGCAAGCACGAUCACAAGAAGGCGAGGGACUUCAAGGCUGUUAUCGUGCCACCCAUAACCGACAAGGACAUUCGCACGCAGGCGCAUAGAUCGCUACGGACCAUGUUCCCCAACCUCCUCGAGAGCAGCAUGGAAGCGGACCAAUCUAUCCGCAUCAAAGCCGUUCCCCCCAAAGAGCGAAAGGGCAAGAACAAUAGGGAUCGGGGUGCGAGAGAACAACGUGAUGAAGAUUCGGGACGUCGAAGGGGCAACCUAGGCUGGGAUGAACUGGGCGGAGAAUACUUGCACUUCACGCUGUACAAGGAGAACAAGGACACUAUGGAAGUUGUUGGCUUCUUGGGCAGCAAGCUCGGCAGUGGUGCGAAACCGUUCAACUUUGCGGGAACUAAAGAUAGGCGUGCUUGCACUGUUCAACGAGUCUGCGUGCGGCGCCAGACUGCGGAGCGUAUGAGCCACUUCAACCGUAUACUGUACAAUGCUGCGAUUGGAGAUUUCACCUACCACACCCAUGAGCUACGUUUAGGUGAUCUGAAAGGGAAUGAGUUCCACAUUACACUCCGAGAUUGUUAUUUCCAGGGCGAAGAAGGCCUCGACUCGACACAACGAUUGGAGCUGGCAAACAAGGUCGUCUCCAAGGCCAUCGCCGACUUCUCUGAGAAGGGCUUCAUUAAUUACUAUGGCCUGCAACGCUUCGGCUCCUUCUCCGCUAGUACUGACACCGUUGGACUGAAGAUGCUGCAAGGAGAUCAAAAAGGCGCGGUAUACGAUCUACUGGCAUACAGUGAUGCUGCGCUCGCAGUUGCUAACGGCACUGCGGAAGACAAUACGGUAAUGGUAUCUCAAGACGACCAGAGCCGUGCCAAAGCUAUCCACCUCUGGGAAAACGGAGGCUCCGGUAAUGACGUUCUCAACAUCCUCCCACGCAAGUUUUCUGCCGAGCGCAACAUCAUUCAGCACCUCACCUCUCGCAAUAGCAAAAGCGGGGUGCGAGACCGCCAGACCGACUGGCAAGGAGCCCUCAUGUGCAUCCCCCGUAAUCUCCGCCUGAUGUAUGUGCACGCCUACCAAAGUCUUGUAUGGAAUACGGUCGCUGGCAAACGCUGGACUACCUAUGGUAUGCAAGUCGUCGAAGGCGACCUCGUCCUUGUCAACGAACACAAAGACAAACAACCACAAUCCGUCACCCAAAACACCACCAUCGACCAAAACGGGGAGACUAUCAUCAACCCCUCCGGCGCCGACAGUUCGCUAGCCGCCGAAGAACAGUUCGAGCGCGCCCGACACCUGACCGCCGCCGAAGCCGCAAGCGGCCUGUAUACUGUCUACGAUGUGGUGCUCCCACAGCCUGGCUUCGAUGUUGAGUACCCACGCAACGAUAUCGGCACCUUCUACGAGACCUUCAUGGCUAGCGAGCAAGGUGGUGGUCUCGACCCGCAUAACAUGCGUCGCGCCUGGCGCGAGGUCAGUCUUAGCGGCGGAUACCGCAAGUUCCUUGCCAAGCCUCUCCAACCCCUUGAGUACGAAGUCAAGGAGUACGAGAAGCCUGAGGAGCAGUUCGUACAAACGGAUCUCGAGCGCGUCAAGCAGGCGGGGGUCAGCGUUGGACCUGCGCCGCGGUACCCAGAUGCUGCUAAAUCCGAGGACGUCGGAAAGGCUAGCGAGGAUACUGCUAUGGUGGAUGCUGCUACCGCUGCUACUGCUGGAGUGCAAGAAGAUGUCAACAAGAGCAGCGGCAGCAAGAAAAUUGCUACGAUUGUUAAGCUGCAGCUGGGUAGUAGCCAGUACGCGACUAUUGCUCUGAGGGAGCUUAUGAAGGCUGGUGGGCUCAAGGCGUAUAAGCCUGAGUUUACUGGUGGUCGCUAG